AAGCCAUAUUAAACCGACAUAUCUCACAUAUUAAGUUAAAUUUGUAAGAAAUGAAUUUCCCACGAACUCUGUAAUAUUAGACGAGGAAAUUAGUUUUACAGUACUCCAUAUUUUGUAUGAUGGUCGAGUAUAAACUUACAAGGAGAUGAAAUAUUAACAAUUCAUCGCGGGAUUUGGGGUUUUAAAAUUCCCCCAAAUUGAAAACCCUAGAAUUUCUCAACGCUCGAUUACUCUUCACUCCUCUUGUAAUUCUCAGCUCUGAAAAUCAAUUGCAAGAUGAAUCCAUUAACAUUGGUGAAGAGAAUUCAAAGUAUAAAUGCUAAAGAAGCUGAUUUAGGGAUUUCAGAUGAAGCUUCAUGGCACGCCAAGUAUAAAGAUUCUGCUUACGUUUUCGUCGGCGGCAUUCCUUACGAUCUUACCGAAGGCGAUCUUCUCGCCGUCUUUGCUCAAUAUGGAGAAAUUGUUGAUGUUAAUCUUGUACGAGAUAAAGCCACUGGAAAAUCGAAAGGUUUUGCAUUUGUUGCGUAUGAGGAUCAAAGAAGUACAACUCUAGCUGUAGAUAAUUUGAAUGGUGCUCAAAUUGGUGGCAGAACUAUUAGAGUUGAUCAUGUUGCUAAGUAUAAGAAAAAAGAAGAGGAGGAUGAGGAGACGGAGAGGCAGAAGAGGGAAGAACGAGGAGUUUGUCGUGCUUUCCAGAAAGGCGAGUGUAAAUAUGGUGAUGCGUGCAAAUUUUCUCACGAUGAGCAAAGAGCUGCAGAUACUGGAUGGGGUCACGAAGAAGAUAAAAGGUCAAAGUGGGAUAAUGACAAAUCAUCCUACCCUAGGGGAGAACGGGGUGUUUGUCGUGCUUUCCAAAAGGGCGAUUGUAAAUAUGGAGAUUCGUGCAAAUUUUCUCACGAUGAGCAAAGAGCUGCAGACACUGGAUGGGGUCCUGAGGAGGAUAAGAAGUCAAAGCGGGUGAAUGACAAAUAUGACAAUCAUUCAAAGGAUUAUAAAAGAUCACGGGAUGCUCCACCUAGUCAUGGUCCAGAGCGGAAAAAACCUGAUGUUUAUGGUGGAAGAAGUUCUGGAGGAAAGGACCACAUCGAAAUUGCUGACAAGAAAGUUGAAGAUGGUUUUGACACAAGAGACAGGGGCAAGCGAUCAGAAUACAAAGAUGAUCGAGACAAGCGAACAGUUGAAAGGUUGAGGUAUGAAUCUGAAUCAAAAUCUAGAGAUGAUUAUGACAGGAGGGGAGAAAAAUGGUCAAGGAGGAGUGAUACACAACCUUCUGUGAGGGACACCCGAAGUGAGAAAGACUGGGAUAGAGAUAGGGAUAGGGAUAGGGAGAAGCGCUCAUCCUAUACUAGGGAUUCUUCCCCUCAACGUCAUAGAGACAGGGAUGAUGGUGAUCAGCGUCGAGCCAGACGUGAUGAAGAUUACCAUAGAUCUCAGAGAAAAUAGGAGUUUCAACUUGUGUAAGCUUUCUAGGACUAGCAUGAUUUCCCCUUUUUUUUCUUGUGAUGAGGAUAAAGCAUUGCUUCUCUGUUACUUUGAUGUAUACAUUGUACUGUUACUUGCUUUAUUAGUUUUCCCUCAAUUUUGGGAUAGUAAAUGCAUCUGUUAAAGCUAA